UCAUAGUAUUACCCAAAAAGGGUAAACAAACAAUACCGUCAAGAUAUUGUCAGAGCUCAAACCUUUUCCGCCAUGGAAACUCGUACUACAGAGAGUUUGUGGGUUUUGUUCCUCACUUCGAAAUCCAAAUCUUUAUCUCCUGAAAACAUAACUUUUAUACUAGUUGCUCUAUUUUGUUCUUGGCUGAUCAUGACUUUGCUCUACUGGGCACACCCUGGUGGCCCAGCUUGGGGAAAGCAAGGCUGGAAGAGACGAACUAAAGCUCAUGACCCAAUCAUACCAGGUCCUCGGGGAGUACCAGUGCUCGGAAGCAUGACCCUCAUGGCUAGCCUUGCUCACCGCCGGCUCGCAGCCACGACCGAGCUCUUCGGAGCAAAGCGGCUCAUGGCUUUCAGCCUGGGCGAGACCCGGGUUAUCGUCACCUCCAACCCCGACGUACCUAAAGAGAUAUUUACUAGCCCGGUCUUUGCCGAUCGGCCGGUGAAACAGUCAGCUUAUAGCUUAAUGUUCAACAGAGCAAUUGGGUUUGCUCUUUAUGGAGUGUACUGGCGAACCCUAAGAAAAAUCGCUUCGACCCAUCUCUUCUGCCCUCAGCAAAUCAGUAACUCAGAAGCGCAGAGGUUUGAAAUCGCGAACCAGAUGAUUACAGUGAUUGCGGGACUCAAAGGAGAAUUCAGUGUUCGAGACAUACUGAAACGGGCCUCUUUGAACCACAUGAUGUGCUCUGUGUUUGGACGUGAAUGCCUACUGCGUAGUGAUGAAAGCGAUGAGCUAAGCAGGCUUUCGGAAGAAGGGUACGAGCUGUUAGGGAAACUCAACUGGGGUGAUCACCUUCCUUGGCUCGUAGGGCUUGACCUGCAAAAAGUAGGGUCUAGAUGUUCCAAACUUGUGCCCAAAGUGAACCGGUUUGUGAACCGGAUUAUCUCUGAACAUAGAGAUAGAGCCCAAGCUCUCGCCAACCAAGAUUUUGUUGACGUUCUACUUUCUCUGCAUGGCCCCGCCAAGUUAUCUGAUCCUGAUAUGGUCGCUGUACUCUGGGAAAUGAUAUUUAGAGGAACAGAUACAGUGGCGGUUUUGAUAGAGUGGAUCCUGGCGAGGAUGGUACUCCACCCAGAUGUCCAAUCAAAGGUGCAAGAGGAGGUGGACAGGGUCGUGGGAAAAUCAGGAGCGGUUACAGAAUCCGAUAUUCCAUCAAUGGUUUACUUACAGGCAGUGGUAAAGGAAGUACUUAGGCUUCACCCACCUGGACCACUUCUAUCGUGGGCCCGUUUAGCAAUCACAGACACUUGUGUUGAUGGAUACAACGUGCCUGCGGGGACCACAGCAAUGGUUAACAUGUGGGCCAUCACCAGGGACCCACACCUCUGGUCGGACCCACUCAAGUUCCUCCCAGAGAGGUUCGUGACCAAGCAUGAUGACGUGGUGGUAGCGGAGAACUUCACGGUGCUGGGGUCGGAUCUGAGGCUGGCACCAUUCGGGUCGGGUCGGAGGUCUUGUCCAGGGAAGUCAUUGGGCUUGACCACGGUCAACUUCUGGGUGGCGUCUCUGUUGAAGGAGUACGAGUGGGGUCCAUGGGAUCACAACAACGACUCCGUGGAUUUGUCGGAGGUGCUAAGGCUUUCUUGCGAAAUGGCUUACCCUCUUACUGUUCAAGUUCGUCCCCGCCGGAUGUACACAAAUAUAAAAAAAAUAUACUGA